UGCGGGGACAGAGGCUGCCUGUCGGGAGCGCGCCCGCCGUGUGACGUGCCUUUCCCAGUUCUCUCCCCCCCUUCGCUCUCGGUGCGACGUCACGUCCAGGCUGGGAGCGCGCGCAUCCUGAGGAGGAGGCGGAGGGAAGAUGGCGACCUCAAACAAUCCGCGGAAAUUCAGUGAGAAAAUCGCAUUGCACAACCAGAAACAGGCGGAGGAGACGGCGGCGUUCGAGGAGGUGAUGAAGGACCUGAGCAUCACCAGGGCAGCACGGUUACAGCUACAGAAGACCCAAUAUUUGCAGUUGGGACAAAGCCGUGGGCAGUACUAUGGAGGGUCUCUGCCAAACGUCAAUCAAAUUGGGAGCAAUUCUAUUGACCUGCCUUUUCAGACUCCUUUUCAGUCUUCUGGAUUAGAUACCAGUAGAUCAACUCGACAUCAUGGUCUAGUGGACAGGGUGUAUCGAGAUCGAAAUCGGCUUGGAUCCCCCCAUAGAAGGCCUUUGUCAGUAGACAAACAUGGACGGCAGGUAGACAGCUGCCCAUAUGGAUCGGUAUAUUUGUCGCCUCCACCUGAUACUAGCUGGAGACGAACCAAUUCAGAUUCAGCACUGCAUCAAAGUACAAUGAAUCCCAGUCAACAAGAGGCUUUCAGUGGAAGUUCUCAGGAUCUUCAGCAGAAACGAGUCUUGUUGCUGGCUGUUCCUGGAAUGGAGGAUAGUUCUUCUGAAGCGGAGAAACCUCUUAAUAAACAAGGAUGGGAUACAAAAAAGACUGGAUCUUCGAGGCCCAAGUCUUGUGAAGUACCUGGUAUAAACAUUUACCCUUCAAAUGACCAGGAGAACACUUCAAGCCUCAUCCCUGCUGCACACAACACAGGAGGUUCAUUGCCUGACCUAACAAAUAUCCACUUCCCAUCUCCACUACCAAUUCCGUUGGAUCCUGAGGAGUCUACAUUCCCAGCUCUGACAAACUCUAACAGUACAGGCAAUCUAACAUCAAAUUUAACUCACUAUACCACUGCCAGUCCAGGAAUGACGACAACGCAAGGGACAGUUACUGGGGCAUCGCAACAUCGGCAACCUUCUGUAAGUCCCUUGUCACUAAAUUCAGACUCAAGAAGGCAACAGUCUCAACAGAUGUCUCCAAUAUCCCCACUUUCACCUAUAACUCAGGCUGUAGCAAUGGAUGCAUUGUCACUAGAACAGCAGCUACCCCCUUAUACUUUUUUUACACAGUCAGCGUCUCAGCAGCAAACACAAAUGUCAAGUGGCCUGUCGCAGAGCUCCUCAAUGAUGCAGGGCUCUAAUUUACAGAGAGGAACACAACUGCCUCCCCUUAAUAUCUCAAUAUCAACAACCGUUCCUCAAUCUCCCCCUGGUAUCCAGACUCCUACUUCACUGGCUAUAGAUAUAAAUUCGGCCUCUCUCCAGCAGUACCGCAGUAAUGCUGGCUCCCCGUCCAACCAAUCUCCCACUUCUCCUGUCUCCAAUCAAGGCUUCUCUCCAGGCAGCUCCCCUCAACAUUCAAUCUUGGGCAGUAUGUUUGGAGAUACAUAUUAUGACCAACAGAUGACUGCACGGCAGACCAAUGCAUUAUCUCACCAGCUUGAGCAGUUUAAUAUGAUUGAAAAUGCAAUUAGCUCCAACAGUCUGUACAGUCCUUGCUCAACCCUUAACUACUCUCAGGCAGCUAUGAUGGGACUGACAAGCAGUCAUGGUAGCUUACAUGACUCGCAGCUAAAUUAUUCCAGUCACGGCAACAUACCCAACAUCAUUCUCACAGUUACAGGAGAGUCUCCUCCAAGCUUAUCAAAAGAACUUACCAGUACUCUGGCUGGUGUAGGAGAUGUGAGCUUUGAUUCUGAUUCACAGUUUCCUUUGGACGAACUGAAAAUUGACCCUUUGACAUUGGAUGGUCUGCACAUGCUAAAUGAUCCAGAUAUGGUCUUGGCUGACCCUGCCACAGAAGACACUUUCAGAAUGGACCGACUGUAGACUGUAUAUUCCCAUAUUCACCAUAAUGAUGGCCGUUUUUUCAGCUGAGCAUAAAACGUUCAGCCGGUCAGCCAUGUCCAAGGCAACCGCUGAGAGGUAUCGCUCUGUGAUGUGCAAUGAGUACAAUCUUGUCCCAAGCUUGCAAUGCUACGAAUCCAUCAUUGUGCACCAUGUUUAGACCUUGUAAUUCACUCAUUGCCACUUGGAUGAAGGACUACAUAUGCAUUUACCAAUUUCAUCACAAACCUUUCCUUGUGCAGGAUUGCCCCACUACAAUUUGGCAUGGGAAUUAUAUUGACUGAGACUAAGAAAUGAAGGCUGUGAUUAUGUUAAAUUCCAGGCCUUUACAAAGAAUACAUUGCUGCAUCCAGAUUUUUUAAACAACGGUAAAUAAAAGGCUGGACUUGCUUGCUCCCAAGGUGGUUAAAUUCAUUGUCACUAAAACUGUGCCAUCAAUCCUUCAGGCAGUCUUCACAAGUUAAAAAAGCUAGUCCAAAAUGCAAUGGUGUUUCUGUGCCGGAGCACACAAGUAUGGUGACCGAAGGAGACAAUGAAAUUGCAUCUGCAGCAUGCAUGUGAUAUUCUACAAGUUGUUUUUUUUACUCCACAUUUAGAAAUCAUACAUUUUAUUUGUAACAUUUUUUUGGUUGUCGGCAGAAGGUCUGUCAGCCAUAUUUUAAGUACUGCUAUUUAAUUUUUUUUUAUUCUAUUUAAUUGUAUCAACAUGCAGAGUUUAUAUCAUAAUGUCAACAAAAACAUUCAGCAUUUUUUAGAUGUUUAUGCAAACUGGAAAUGCAAUUAUCGCAAUCAUUGAAAAGGGAAUGCAGUAUACUUUUUACUAUUCAAGUCAUUCACUCUAGAAAAUCUGUAAUAUGCCUAAUCUUAGAAUAUACUCCCAUUGAAAAAUGAAAAAAAAAAUAGACCAGCAACCCAAAUUUGUAAAUUAAUCUCUGUGUCAGCCUUGCUUCUAGAUGUCGCAGAGUGGAUACAGCAGUGUGAUACCUUUUUAUUCCCUUUUUCGUUGUUGAUAAAACCAACAGGGCUUGCCUCUGCAUAUUUUAUUGUAACUCACUUCUCAUCUGCAUUAAAAGAAGUUUGUUACGCUAUGGGUGAAAAUUCUUGGCUAGGGUACAUUGGUCAUUGUCAGCUGGCUUUCAGUUUUGUUUUGCAAAGAAAACCUAAAAACAUUUGCAAACUAAACUCUAUUGGGCUUUAGACCCAAUUCUGUAUAUUAUCAAUUUUAAAAAUUAAAAGCACUGCCGGGAAUUUUUAUUUUUUAAAUGAGUUAGAAAUGUCCGCAAACAAAAUGUAGUUCUAUCAAACAGGGUGGAGGCAGCUGCAAGCUUUGUGAAAGGGCGUGAGAUUCAAAUGUAUGGAUUGUGUGCUUUUGAAUAUGUACUCGUAUGGUAGCAUUAGAACAAAAUUGCUACUGCUAAUGGAAACCCCUUACCAUGAAAUUUGGAAGAAUCAAACAUCUUGUUUUUAUGGUUUUAGCUGAAGUAACAAAUGAUCCUUAACAAGGGGCCUUGCGUAAAGUUCUAGACCACUGGUUUUAAUCUGGUGUUAACCAGAAAUGUCACAAAGAUUGCUUGUGACAGAAUUUUUUUUUGUUAAAUCAACUUCCACUUAUCCAAUACCAUAAAUUUGUUUCUGUGGAAGCACACCACUUUUUAUUUACCUCCAGAAUUUUGUAAGCAGAACUUAAAUAAUCAAGCAAUCGCCAUGCUUCCUUUCAGACUGAGGCAGUUGACAAGUGGAAUUGGAGGUUGUAGUCUGAUAGUAUGGAACCCCCAGCAGAAAUAGAUCGGAGCAUAAUACACCAUGAUGAUUGGGAACAUAGCAUGUGAACGUUCACAGAUCAAAUACCACCUAUGAACGCAUUCAGGAAAUGUUUGCAAUUUCUCCACGUAUAGCAUUGCUGCAAAUAUUACUUUAUGCAUAUUUGUAUGCAAGUUCAAGUGUGUGUAUGUCUGUAUAUUUUGUAAAUAGCAAAUCCAGUCACAUCACAGGAAUGUUUGUGUAUAGAUUGAGUUCUUUCCAGUGAGCUUGAAGAUGUAAGCACUCUUGGUUAUUAAUCUCAUUGGUGCAAGAAAUGAAGGUACUUUUGUUAAGUCGCACCAAAGCCAAAAUUAUAAGUGUUCCAACUGUUCUGAAGGUGGUUCAUGCUUUUACUAUAAAUAUACUAUUUGAUAUUUUUUAUUAAAUAAAAAAAAAAUCUGA